GGGUGGCCCGCCGCGACCACCACUACUUGGGCCUGGGUUGGACACGCGCUUCCUCUCCCAAUUUGGGCCUUCUCCUCCCUCCUCCUCCUCCUCCUCCUCCUCCAACUCCCUCGAGAUUUCUCAUGGCGGCGGCGGCGGCCUCCUCCUCCUCCUCGUCGGCGGCGGCGACGCCGCAGGGGGUGACGGAGCGGCGGGGCAUCCCGGCGGCGUCCUUCGUCGAGGACGUCGAGACCUACCUCCGCCAGGCCGGGCUCGACGUCAACUCCGGCCUCGCCUUCCUCCAGGAAAGGCUGCAGCAGUACAAAAUAGUGGAGAUGAAACUUCUAGCACAACAGAGAGAUCUUCAGGCAAAAAUUCCUGAUAUAGAGAAGUGCUUGGAUAUUGUUGCAACUUUACAAGCUAAAAAAGCUUUGGGUGAGGCACUCACAGCCGAUUUUGAAUUAUCUGAGGGAAUCUACUCCCGUGCGAAAAUCGAGGACACCGAUUCUGUGUGCCUAUGGUUGGGUGCAAAUGUAAUGCUGGAGUACUCCUGCGACGAGGCCAACGCCCUCUUGAAAAAGAAUCUGGAAAACGCCAAGGCCAGUUUAGAAGUCCUUGUUGCUGAUCUCCAGUUCUUGCGGGACCAACAAACGAUCACUCAGGUUACAAUUGCUCGGGUGUUCAACUGGGACGUGCACCAACGGAGAAGCAAGCAAGCUAUCAAAGAAACCUGAUCAUCAUACCCGCAGAUUCUACCAGCCAAAAUGAGAUCGCGACAUUUUUGUACUUCUUGCCACCUCUGGCAGUCUAGGCCAUCGUAGCAUGUGCCCUCUGUUGGCGCCUUGCCGUGUAACAGUGUAUCAGGUUUUAUGGUGUUGGAUUGUUGGAACUCUGUUUGCCUUGCAAGUAGAAAUUGGUGUUUGUUUUCACUUCGGUUCGCGUGAUGGAACAUAUUUUGAGGAGUAAAAAUCUUAGCGGUUUUCAGAGAGAAACCUU